UUUCUCUGUCAGAAACUUGUUUCGUCACAUAAAGAAAAAAAGAGAAAGUCGAAAAAUCUUUUAGUAUGUAAAUAGAUACGUACUUACACGGUGUAUACAUUUCCUGUGACGGACAAGACUUCGCUCUUAGGACAAGUAGCAUUAUAGGAUAUAAAAGGAACUCCAACUGCGUAUUGUCGUUUUAGUUCCUCCGAAAACGUUGCAGGAUGUUAGCUACUGUCGCAGAUAUUCUUUUUCUUUACUUGGUAACGCUUGCCUGUAUGACCAGUGGUAUAUUGACAACAGAAGUUCCUCGGAAUAUCCAACCAGUAACAAAUUUACAACCUCCAUCCCUUAGUUAUCUUCCAACUGUGAACACUGUGUUUCCAAAACUUUCUCAACACGCUGUUUUCACUGACCAAGCUUUGGACAAUGGGUUAGAAGAUGUCCGGGCUUCAGGUAGAAGCUCUGCCGAAAGACAAAUACAAUCUGGAUAUUCAUACCUGAAACCACUAUUGAUUCAUCUCAAGUUACCAUUCAAAGAUCAGACGAUAAAAUCAAUCAGCAGUGACAAGCAAAGAUCGUCGAACGAAGAGGAAAGCUCCGGGACAAAAGCAACGACGAGGGCAAGUAAAUCAUCGGGGCCAAGCAACAGAACAACGCUGCAAUCCGUGGUCGGAUAUCACCCCCACGUUCCACGGCGUUCGGCAUAUCAAGUCGUGGAAGAGCUCGAUGAAUACCUAACGGACAAUUCGGAUCAUGCAGGAUUGCCCUAUCGUGGGAAAGCUCAGGCAACGAAUCCCCAUCGUGAUUCGCAAGACAUAACGACGGCCAUCAAAGCUCUCGAUCACUUCCUGAGCGGGGUUCUAAACGAUGAUAGUUACAACAGCGAGCUACAUCCACCGCCCAAUCCUGUUUUAGCCCUCGUCCUGUCUCGAUACGGGCGAUACGUGCCUCGAGCACGAAAUCCUCGCGUGUACGCGCACAUGGCCGUAAACAAUAUACACAACAACAAACCUUUUGGUAGUUACAAGCUGGAAUGCGAAGAGCUGCCCACCUACGCUCGAUGAUAAUAUCGACAGACGUUCCUCAGUUCUCGCUUACGGGAAAAAAAAUCUUACCUGUUGGACACUCUUGGAUCAUGUGCAACUCCUAUUAACUCCUCGAUCGCUAAACAUGAUUGAGAGUGUUGUAAUUUCGUAAGAUCGAUCUGGGCACACUUCGAAGCUUGAAGUCUUUAUUUUUGCAAGCGGUGCAAAUUCAUAAAGGAACUGAGAUGUAUUACAAUGGAGCUAUGUUUGAAUUAAUAAAUUUUCAAAUGAUGGAACAACUAGUUUUCAUAGCAAAGCAACAUUUGAUUGUCGAAUCAAUUUAUUUAAGAAUGUUACAUAUUUUUUGACUGAA